AUGAUGAACAUUGUCAUCCUCGGAGGCUCAUAUGCUGGAAUUGCCGCCGCCCAUCAACUCCUCAAGCAACCUGCAAAGACUGGGGAGCUGAAGGUUACUCUUGUAACCCCAAACACCCAUUUCUACUGGAAUAUCGCAGCACCACGCGGCCUGCUUCCUGGCCAGAUUGCCGACGAGCAGCUCUUUCAGUCCAUUGCCGAUGGGUUUAAGCAAUAUUCGCCGGACAAGUUUGAACUUGUACUCGCUUCGGCAGAAAGCCUAGACGUCAAUGCCAAGAAGGUUGUGGCGACUAGCCCCAGCGAAGGGAGCAAGACAAUUACUUACGACGUCCUCAUCCUUGCCACUGGCUCCAGUAUGAAGGGAGCGGUACCCCUCAAGGGAUUGAGCUCGACAGAAGCAACAAGAAAUGCUCUCCGCGAGCUCCAGUCCCUAGUGGAAAAUUCCAAGACAAUUGUCAUAGCUGGUGCCGGUGUGACGGGGUGUGAGGUUGCCGGCGAGCUGGGGUAUGAGUAUAGAAAACAGAAGGAAAUCAUUCUACUCUCCAGCGGGCCUGGAGUGCUCGAGAGUAGCCCGGCAAGUGUAUCAAAGCUCGCAGUGAAGGAGCUCACGAACCUGGGCGUCCAUGUCAAGCUACAAGAAAAGGUCGCUGCAUCCUCUCAACUGCCGGAUGGGCGGCAUGAACUCACCCUUUCCGGCGGAGAUAAGCUAAUUACGGACAUGUACAUUCCUACGUUCGGCCUGACCCCCAACACUUCGUACCUCUCCGCAACAUUCCUCGACAACAAUGGAUUCGUCGUGGUCGACGACUAUCUUCAAGUCAAGGGAGCUGGGCCCGUAUGGGCUAUCGGCGAUGUGUCGGCCAUGGAAGGAUCGCAAUACCUGCCAGCCAACAGACAGGCAAGCCAUGCCGUCAAGAACAUCAUUUUAAGCAUGAGUGGCAAGCCAUUGCUUGCAUACAAAGCUUGGCCCUUCUCCAUGGGCCUCCAAAUUGGAAAACAGGCGGGGACGGGUCAUCUUGGAAGUUGGAAAAUUCCGUCUUUCCUGGUAGUUUUCAUGCGGAAGACACUAUUCAUAGAGAGAUUUGCCCCUACGGUCAAUGGUUCUUUGUUCUGA